AGCUCCCCGCCGCCCGAGCGCGCGUCGGGCCGAGGCGGUCGGCCUGCUGCGUGCGUGCGUGCGUCGCUACGUACGUGCGUGCGUGCGUGCGUGCCGUGCGCUCGCCGGGCACCGCGGCCUCGCCUUCGCCCUCCGCCCCUGCGCCUGCACCGCGUAGGCCGCCCCCCCCCCCCCCGCGCGCACCCCGUAGGCGACCCCCGCCCGCGCCCCGGCCGGCCCCCCCUUUCCAAAUUUAAAGGGGGCGCAGCAUUCACGCCGCCCGCCCCAGGUGACCUCUCAGGGGUCUCCCCGCCUGAGGUGCCCCGCCGCCGAGGAACAUGGCGAAGGUGGAGCAGGUCCUGAGCCUCGAGCCGCAGCACGAGCUCAAAUUCCGAGGUCCCUUCACUGACGUUGUCACCACCAACCUCAAGCUUGGCAACCCAACAGACCGAAAUGUGUGUUUUAAAGUGAAGACCACGGCACCACGUAGGUACUGCGUGCGGCCCAACAGUGGGAUCAUUGAUGCAGGGGCCUCGAUUAAUGUAUCUGUGAUGCUGCAGCCUUUCGAUUAUGACCCCAAUGAGAAAAGUAAACACAAGUUUAUGGUUCAGUCUAUGUUUGCUCCAACUGACACUUCUGAUAUGGAAGCAGUAUGGAAGGAGGCAAAACCGGAAGACCUUAUGGAUUCAAAACUUAGAUGUGUGUUUGAAUUGCCAGCAGAAAAUGAUAAACCACAUGAUGUAGAAAUAAAUAAAAUUAUAUCCACGACUCCAUCAAAGACAGAAACACCAACGGUGUCUAAAGCUCUGAGCUCUUCUUUGGAUGACACUGAAGUUAAGAAGGUGAUGGAAGAAUGUAAGAGGCUGCAGAGUGAAGUUCAGAGGCUGCGGGAGGAGAACAAGCAGUUCAAGGAAGAAGAUGGACUUCGGAUGAGGAAGACGGUGCAGAGCAACAGCCCUGUUCCCGCAUUGGCCACGGCGGGGAAGGAGGAGGGCCUCAGCCCACGGCUGCUGGCGCUGGUGGUCUUGUUCUUCAUCGUUGGCGUGAUCGUAGGGAAGAUCGCCUUGUAGGGGCCGCGUGCGGAGAAUGGCCAGCCGGAUCGGUGGAUCCGCUGUAUCAUGGGAUUAAGUUGAUCAUAACCACGUGUAAAAAGAAAUUAAUGUAUGAUGACAUCUCACAGGUCUUGCCUUUAAAUUACCCCUCCCUGCGUGUGCGUGCACACGUGCGCGCGCACACACACACACACACACAAAUAGAACAUAAUAUAACAAUCUCUUAGAAAGUUUAAAGCACAUAGUAAAUGAUUGGGGGGAAAAGAACGAUCCUUACUAGUGACGAGGGAAACCGUGAUUAACCGCUAAUGGCAUGUUGUAAGUGUCGCUGUAAACGUCUGUAGCCUUGGUGCACGUUGCUGGGUCACCUCUCUUCCGACAUGACUCUCUUCCUUGCCCGUUGGUGCUGGCCCUCGGGGAGCCGGAGUCCAGUGCAGCGGGGAGUGUCACCACCUCCACGUCGUCCUCCCCGUGCGCCCACUCCCUCCCGGGCUGCCUCUCCACAUCUGCCGCCGUCAGCUCCUUGGGACUGGUGAACAGAGUCUGCAGCUGGAAAGAAGGCGCGGCGGCUGCAUCGGCUGUGCUCCUCAGGAGUGGGAGGCGUAUGUUGCCUGAUUGACCCGUGUGAUACUCUGGAAAUAAAAGUCAGUGAAUGCCUUGUUCUCUUAAAGGGACCAAGCUAGAGAACUGUUGGUUCAUGUAGUGAGAUUGAAUUGUUAUUCAGAGAUGUUUAAUGCAUAUUUAACUUAUUUAAUGUAUUUCAUCUCAUGUUUUCUUGUCACAAGAUGAUAAUUCUGUGGCCUAAAAAUCACCUUUGCUACCUAACACUGCUGAGUGAAGCUGGCAUUGCUGCUGGGCGUUCUGGGCUCUACACACGUGUGCAGGUGUGGCUUACUGGAAUGUUGGAGAAAGCUGCCAGAAAGUGUUUUUCUGUGCAAACAAGUAACAGCUGUCCUAGGGAGGGACAUUCUUGGUAGUGGCAGUCAGCUCCGGGUCACUCUGCGCUGUGCUUUCUUUCACUGCCCCGCAGCCAGCACUCACGUGUCCAGCACACAUGCCCAGCGUGGUCCUGACCUUCCCCGUGUGGCCCUAGCGUGGGGUCAGGGCGAGUGAGUCAGGCAGCAGAGGGCUCAGGAGAGAGGGAACCAGCUGGGAGGGGCGGGGAGGGCGUGAGAGAAACUUCAGAUAAUGCAUCAGGUAGUGAUCAAGAGUUUGACUGUGAAUUAAUUUUAUGCCGUAAAAAGACCAAUCCAGUUCUGUUUGACUAUGUAGCAUCUUAAAGAGAAAAAAAAUAAAGCCCCAAAAUUAA